GAAAUACACGGGCUCCUCCCCCACUCUAGAAGGCCUAACCCGAGAAUGGGAUCCGGUAUUUUCAACGAAACGACUAACGGACACCUCAACGUUUGAGGGCAGUUUCUCCAAUCAUUGUUAGCCCAGCGCGGUCCCAUAAGUCCCCCCACACUUCUACGGCCCAAAGCGGAACUGGCUGGAGUGCGGAACCCAGGGCGCGUGCUCAGCGUGCAGGCAGCCCAGCGCUCGCCACGCCCCCGCCACGCCCCCGCCACGCCCCCAGGCGCCUGUCGCCCGCCCCCCGCUGCCCUUGUUCCGGGACCCCUGACCGUGCUGCUCCCAGACCCCAGCGCCGCAGGAGCGAUCUGGGCUAGCCCGAGCUCCCUGUUAUCCUGGGGAAGCCGGAAGAGACCGGGCAGUAGGGGAGAGCAGCAGAGGGUGGCGGGGCCGUCCCUGCACGCCCAGCGAGACCAGGUGGAUAGAGGGAGCAAGGCUGAUUUAGGCGAGGGAGCUCGGGCUAGGUGAGUUGGGUGCAACUUGAGCUCGGGACUGGUGGGCCAGGCCCCCACGCCGGCGUCACACCCGAUCCGAAGAAGACAGGCGGACGCAUGGCCUCAUCAUUCCUGCCCUCGGGGGCCACCACGGGCGACAGUGGCGGAGAGCUGAGCUCCGGGGACGACUCCGGGGAUGUGGGAUCCCUCCAGAGCCCCGAGAUCGAGGCAUCCAGGAGCCUGCCAGAGCUGUUUGAGAAGGCUGCAGAGCACCUCCAAGGCCUGGUGCAAGUGGCCAGCAGGGAGCAGCUCUUGUACCUGUAUGCCAGGUACAAGCAGGUCAAAGUUGGAAAUUGCAAUACACCUAAACCAAGCUUCUUUGACUUUGAAGGAAAGCAAAAAUGGGAAGCAUGGAAAGCUCUUGGUGAUUCAAGCCCCAGCCAAGCAAUGCAGGAAUAUAUUGCUGUAGUUAAAAAAUUAGAUCCAAGUUGGAAUCCUCAGUCACCAGAGAAGAAAGGAAAAGAAGCAAAUAUGGGUUUUGGUGGGCCAGUUGUUAGUUCUCUGUAUCACGAAGAAAUCAUCAGGGAAGAAGACAAAGACAUAUUUGAUUACUGCAGGGAAAACAACAUUGACCAUAUAACCAAAGUCAUCAAAACAAAAAACAUGGAUGUGAAUAUGAAAGAUGAAGAGGUGGACAUGCUCUAAGUUGAAAGAUCAAAAAUCCCCAAAUUUCACAUUAAACACAAGAACACUUCAGCCCACAGCAUCUGAACUCAAAAGCCUCAAAUUAGUCAUGGUGAUCUGAGGAGCACAGCAAACAAGAAAUGGAUUGGGGUAGGGGGGCAGCAAGCAGGUAACCCUAUCAUGCUUGUACCUGUAAAUAAACAUUUAUACCAUAAUUUAA